CUCUCAGACCAAAGCUGUCACUUUAGUCAGAGCAAGAACAGACACUACCUCUUCAUCCCAAGCAGGAAAGCUCCGCGCAAAGCCCCCGUACAACGCUCGGUCCCCGGGAGAGGUUCACCCGCUUUCUUUCUUCGGGAGUUCGAAAGGCAACCCGGAUGUUGGCGGCGUCGCUUCAAGACACACUUCCGCCCCUAAUGAGGAAGUGGACUGGGCGCUGAGAAGCGUUGUCAUGUUGUUGCGGAGUGACAGCUGCAGGCGGCUCAGCCAUGAAGAAAAGAGGGACCAGAGAGAAGGAAGAGGAUGACAUUCUGUGUUGCUGCGAGUACCUCAAUCGGCAAGGAGAGCGCAGCCAUGUGGCCGCCUGCUGCUGCGACUGCGAGGACCUGGACGAAGCCUGUGAUCGGUUGUUUAAGAAUGAACCACAAAAACCCGAAACCUUGUCGAGGGUGGCCGAAGUUGUGACCGACAGACUCCGUGUGCCUUGGCUGUGGGGCGGAGCCCGAAAAGUGGAGCUGUCCAUUGUUCCCCCGCUCAUCAUCCUCCCAGCUCUGCUCCACCUCGCGGCUCUGCACUUGCUACUGGGUGUGCUGGUUCUGACGGCGCUUCCUGGCCUGGUGCUGUGGUACUACUACUUCACUCACCGGAAGAAGGGACGGACGCUUUUCUUCCUGAGCCUGGCGCUCUUCUCUCUGGUCUACAUGUACUACCUCUUCAUCUCUGAGGUGGUUCCUCGAGGAGGGAUCGGCCAGGCGCAGGUCGCCCUGGUGUCGCUGGGGGUUCUUCUCACUCUUACGGCGCUGGUUCUCACCAAAAGAGAGCCAGGAACUGUCAGUCCGGACGAGGAGUUGGUCCACAGCACGGUGACUUACUACAGCCUGUCGCCAGACACGGAGAACACAGAUGCGACCUUGACUGGUCCGGCAGAAUCCCCGUGCGACAGGAGGAGCUGGUGCUCGGCGUGCGGGGUGGUCCGGCCUCCCAGGGCGGGACACUGUCGCAUCUGCGGUGUCUGCGUGCUGCGUCUCGACCACCACUGUGUCUGGAUAAAUAGCUGCGUGGGCCAGAGGAAUCACCGCAGCUUCCUGGCCACACUGCUUCUCUUCCUGACCACGUCUGUGUACGGGAUCAGCCUGGUGCUGAGCAGCGUGUGCCCGGGACAGAACCCCGUAACUGCCCUGCUCUACUGCCCCGGGGUCUAUGACCAGUUCAGCUCGGCCCUGUGCUUCACCUGCUCCUGGUACUGCACCAUCGUGACCGCAGGACUGCUCCACCUGCUGCUGGUUCAGCUUGUCAACAUCAGCUGUAACGUGACAGAGCGAGAGGCCCGACUUGCCCUGAGGGAGAAAACAGGUCGCACCUCCUGCUGGGGUCUGAUUGUGGACACUGGCGUUUACUCUCAAGGUUUCUAUGGCAACUGGGCAGAGUUCAUGACCAUGGCGGACAAACAGAAUCCCAAAUCUGUGACCAACUUGGUGUGAGGACUGGAAAUAGGUUUUCAAUUCAAUUAAUAUUCAAAUUCAAGAACUAUCCUCUUUUGUACAUGAGACAUUUGUAUUUAUGUUUUUGUUGACAUGUUCAAAAUAAAGUUUCUAGAGGUUUUAAUCAAUCCACGAAACAUAACAGUGAAAAAAAGUUGGAAACAACAGUACAGGCAGCAAACAUUUUAAAUGA